UGGUUCAAGUGAACAAUUGAGAGGUUGUUGUGUUUUGAACUAAUAAAAGCGAUUACUUUUGCUAUUAUUGAACAAUUUGGAUUUAGCAUUGUCUUGAAAACUGAACAAGGAAUUAGUCAAAAUGCGUCUGAUACAGAACAUGUCAACCAUCGCGGAGUUUGCGAUCCCAGAGUGUCCGUCUAACCGGACCAUCAAAAUAGCGGUGAUUGGGGGCAGCGGAGUUGGCAAAACAGCUCUGGUAGUAAGAUUCCUGACAAGGCGCUUUAUUGGCGACUAUGAGAGAAACGCAGGAAACCUUUAUUCAAGAGAGGUCCAAGUGGACGGAGAGCAGGCAGCCAUCCAAGUCCAGGACACGCCGGGUGUUGAUGUGACAUGCAACGGCCUCAGCCUCCCUGAUCAUGUGACCUGCUCCAUCCAAUGGGCAGAUGCUGUGGUGUUGGUCUACUCUGUGACUGACCGCCAUAGCUUUGACCUGAUUGGCCAGUUGCACCAGCUGGUGGCCCGCGCGGGCGGGGCCAACGUGCCUCCCGUCAUCCUGCUGGCCAAUAAGGCGGACCUGCUGCACAUGAGGCGGGUGGAUGCCGAACAGGGCCCCUUGCUGGCGGCGGCGCUGGGCUGCUCCUUCUACGAGGUGUCAGCCAGCGAGGACUACAGCCAGGUGCAUGGGGCCUUCCACAGGCUGUGCUGCCACAUGGCCAAGCAGCAGCCCCAAGCCUCCCUGUCCUCCCACACCACAACUGGAGCAGCAGAAAAGAAGGGGCGCUCACCCCUCAUCCCCAGGCCCAAGUCCCCCAACAUGCAGGACCUGAAGAGGCGCUUCAAGCAGGCUCUGUCGGCUAAAGUCAGGACGGUCACCUCUGUGUGAGAAGUACUUGGCUUCGUCUACUACACAACAUGGUCCAGAGUGGCUACAGAAAAUACAUUGAAUGAGGAGAAACGAGGACAGAAGAUCCCUGUCUCGUUUGGGGACUCAAUCCUGUAUGGAGAUAGAGCAGCCUGACCUGCGACGAGCAGCCUGACCUGCGACGAGCAGCCUGACCUGCGACGAGCAGCUCUGACCUGCGACGAGCAGCCUGACCGAGGUCACUGUCUGACAGAGGUCAUGA